ACGAGAGGACCGGAAGUAACGUCCGCAACACGGGGACUCUGGUUUCUUAUUCGUGCGAUAGCCUGAUAACGUCGCAUGUUUUUAAAAGUGUUUUUAAAGUGCGUGUUAGACACGGGCCGAGAAAUGAUACGAGAUUUCACGGACAAAUAAGACGUUUUAAUCGCCAGUUUUUAAGUCCACCAAAGCCCUGGUCGCAUGACGCCGCCGGAAACAGUUGUUGCAAUUUACAUCCAGCAGGACGGAGAGAUGGACCAAGAAGUAAUCGGCGAAUUUAAAGAAAACAUCUUGGUCCUGGAGUUUGCACUGAUGGACUAAGACUCGUUGAUUGGCUGUCAUUUAAGUGUUCCCGGCCCAUCAGUCCUUGUUGAAGAUGUUAUCCAACCCUCUGGCUGACCCUAACGAAACACGGCAGGUUGCUUCAACUGGUCCCUGCCCACAGUCUGCACUCUAUCAAGACUUGCUGGUGAUGGCCUACAGAGGAUCUGCCAGAGCAGAGAUUGGGAAGGAAGAUAAAAUGAUGUAUUCGGUUCAGGAACCUCAGACAUCAAGUUUUGUUUUCCUGGAUGCUGCUAAACAGACUUCUUCAGAACUGAAUGGUGAUUUGGGGAUCAAUACUAAUUUCGAAGCUGGCACAGAUAAAGAGGACGUGAUCAGAACCGCGGAAUGGAAACCGACGCAGUCCUUGUCCACUGCUCCUCCCGAGUGUCCAAAAGGAGAGCAGCUGGGACCUCUGGAGCGCUUUCUCUUGGCCCAUCAAAACGAAAUGAAGCGCUUGCUGACCGGCACGCUCGGUGUCCUGAGUCAGCGGCUUGGGGCAGUCGAGCGAAGGAUGGAGCAGCUGCAUGUCCAGGGCACCGCACAUGGGAAAAGUCUAGCCCUGCUUCACAGCGAAGUCAACCUACUGGGAAGAAACAUCACUGCUGGCUGCUCGAGCACACUGACUGCUCAGAGUAUUCCCCCUUCCAGCACUUGUGAAAAGCACUCGGUUGAAGAAAAGGAAGAUGGUGACCUAUCCAAGAUGUCCUCUCAGGGAUCAGUCAGUCUUGGAAGUAGGGACGCUGUGUGCCAACCAUGGAUCGAUUCAGGGACUGAUUUCUCUGCACAUAACAAUGAUUGUAAUCAUAACAUCGAGCUCCUGAACCGCCCGGGUCUUGACGGAGGCUCAUCCGGACAGGUGGAAACAGCUUUCGGAGCUGGCGAUCGCGUACAGGUUUCCCCUUUUGAAGACUUGAACAUGCAACAGGACACGCUGCUCGGUAAAACGGACAACCAAAAAGACGACCAAAAUGAGACACCUUGUUAUCCAAAGCCCCAGUCUUUUGAGAGCUUGGAUGCAGGCAUUCAGUGUCACUCUCCUGGUCAGUGUUUACAUGAAUCAGCACAAAUUAAGGUGCCUUCUUUCAGUAGUGAAGUUCUUAAAAGUUCAGGGGAGGGAGACUCGUGCAAGAAUCUUGGUCCUAGUAGUUUAAAUUCAGACGAUUGUAAGUCAGAAGGAAAGUCUGUCCUGUUGAGAGAUCUCCCACCUGACUUGAUAGCAACUAGGUCUCAAUUAGUCGGCCAGUUUAGUACCGCUGACCAACCUGAAACUUGUCCUGCUCCCUUGAUCCCGUCCUCAAAAGGUCUUCGUAAGAUAACCAAAACAGAUGAGUGGCCAUUUUCUGAAGUUGUAUCUUUUCCUACCUUGUUCAAGAUCCCAUCCUUUUCAGAGAUCAUGCCAGGUUUAAGUAAGGAUUUACCUUUAGGUGCUGCUUUCAGUCCAGUUGAUGAUGAUGAGAGGACAAAUCAGCAUGGUAUGGGAAAAGGGAAGCUGUCAAAGCUUAUUGGUUCCCAGUUUUCCUCAAAGAAUGGAACACUGGCCUGUGUGAGGAUAAAAUCUUACCCAUAUUCCCGUCGCACAUUAGUCACCCCGGUGGUGUUUGGACCUUUGGACUUUUACAAGGCUUGCCUUUCAGGUAUGGGAUUUCCUUUGCCCUGGACUGGCUCAGAAGUGUCCGGUCCGAAGUAUGGGCUGACCAAACUGCUUCAUGUAGGAACCCAGUCUAAUCUCAGUAUGAGCAAUCUUCUAAAUCACCUGGAUGGCAUUGCCUGCCGCUUGAUUCCCAAUAGAUCCUCCGUCAAGAAUGUCCUACCUCUGAUGAGUUACCACAGAAAUGCAUCUAAACUCAAACACCACCAUUCCAUCUCUAAAUGGCCUUCACUGCACAACAGUCACGUGCCCCAUCCAAAAUUAAAAAUGGACGCCUGGGGUCCUGUUGUGAGACACGAAAACCGCGUUUACCCGCUCAAUUCCAAGCAACGUGUCCACUUGCACCUCCAUUCCUCGCCACUCCUUCAUCUGCUAAGUAUGCCAGAGCCUUUUCACACUCCCACGUAUCUCCCCAUGCCUGUUAUGAGAAAAGGUAGAUUCUCUAGAGCAGGCCUGAGCACAGUGUUAGCCAUGUCCUCUCCGGCCUCAUUCGGACAACACAUCCAUUCUCGUUUUUCCUUCACAUCCUCAUCGUCGUCUUUGGUCAGUACUGUGAAGAACCAGAUUAUAGCUCAGACCAAAUGUCCUCCUCUUCGGCCCCUGGCUGAUUACACCGGCCCACCAGGACUGGACAAUGAUCACAGCUACGCUCAACAAUUCACCCAAGAUUCUCCUUCCAGGAAGAAAACCACUUCAACGCGGAAAUCUGGCUCGUCUCCUUCCCCAUGUCGCUUCAUAAAGAUUCCCCUCGGUCCAGAGGCGAGCUCGGAUAUUACUCCACCAUAUAGCCCAAGUGUCGAGGUUGUGCGGUUGGAGGUGUCUCCUGAUGAACCUCUGACCACUUUGUCCAUUACUGGUACCAAUCUUAAGACUCUAGAAGCCUCUGCCGAGGACAAGCAGGUGGAGGAGCUUCAUGAAUCCAGUACCUCGUUGCAACCAGCCCAAAGGUCUAAACGGGUUUCUCAGAUUCGCAUCCGCAAGACAGUGCCCAAGCCGGACAAAAACCUCACCCCGAUGGGGCUCCCUAAACCAAAGAGAUUAAAGAAGAAGGAGUUUAGUCUGGAGGAGAUUUACACCAACAAGAAUUACAAAUCUCCAACUCCAAACAGAAGCUUGGAGACGAUCUUCGAGGAGCCGAAGGAGAAGAACGGUACGCUGGUUUGCAUCGGCAAUCAGAAACGAAAGCGAGUUUUAGAUUUCCCAGAUUUUACCCUACCACGCAAACGCAAAGCCAAGGCCAACCUGAGUUCUCUGCGAUUGAAGGGAUCCCGUCGAGCCAAAAAGAAAGACGCCGACCUGAACGUCAUGCUGCUCCAGAGGCUUAGCGAACUGGAGGACUACUUCACUCGCCAAGGACUGGAGGACUAGACGAGCUUCAUGUUAUUAUCAACACAAAUCACAACUUCUUCACUUAUCCUAUUCCGCUUAAAUCCUUAAGGGUUCAUUGGCACGUCUCUCUGGGGGGAAAACCCUUUAGGGUUUCAUUUAAAACCAGAAGGUUUCUCAUCUAGAGAGACUUAGAGUAGAAGUAGAAACCGUUUAGGAAGCUAAGAAAGCUUAAAAUCCGAAGAAGAACCCUUGAGGAACCCGUAGCAGACCUACAGUGUCUAGUGGGAAAAAGAAAAUAAACACUAAUAGUAAAAUCAACAGCAAAUCUCAGCUUUAGGUAAUUGUUCUGCUGCCUUCUGUGUUUUAUGACAAAGUAAAAAUAAUAAGUCUGCCGUGAAUGACUGUAAAAUCGUUUUAUUUGCUUAAUGCCGGACCUCAUCUGUGGUGUGAAAUAAAGUGCAAGCUGCUAAGAUUCAAAUAAAUCUACUACAUAUAUAUCAUCCAUUA